ACAACCCCUCGACCGGAUCCUUCCAACUCCUUUUCCUUCCGACUAUUCAUUCAACCACGACUGUCUCGCCCAUUCGAGAGAAUAAAUCUUCGCUGACCCCUCCCGUUAUCAACUCUCUUCCCUCGCCCCCUUGGGAUAUAUCGGGCGCGUAUUCCAGUGUCAUUCACCAUAUCGGAUUCGUGAUGUCUGUCGCCAGUCUGACGUCGGCGCUGCCCGCGAAGCGCGACACGCAAACCGACCCGAGCGACAGCCGGUCCCUGACCUACCACGUGUCCGACUUCAGUACGGGGUGCUCUCCAGGCGGCUGCGUCUACAAUUUCAAGGUUCACGGCCUCGAGUCCGAGAAUACGCCUCCUUUCGACACGACCUGCUCGGGCAAGACCACGGAGAAGGAAUACCAGCCCUGCGAAGACCCGAACAUCAAGUCUCUACUGACGCCUGGGCUCUACCCCAACUGGAACAUCAAGGUCCAGCACCACUGGCAGACGGCCCCGUUUGACGAUCACUGGACUCGUGGCGAGAAGAACAUCACGUCCAUGGACAAGGACUUUGACAUUCCCGUGACGAAGCCGUUUGGAGUUUCUUAAGGAGGAAGAAACUGGAUGAAGAGGAAGAAGAAGAGGCGAUACCACCCGCUUGAUGCGACCACUCGUUUAUUAUUAUUAUUAUCAUCAUCAUCAUUCUUAUUCUCGGCCUCUUGACUGAGGUGACCAUAAUUAAUGCGAGCGGAUUGGCGUUCUUCAACGAAUGCCCCCGCACAGAAUUUCGAUUCUGUCUGUUUGUC